AUGAUUCAGCACUUGAUAGAACGGUGUCUCGUUCUGGAACUGAGCCAAGCCGAGUGCAUUGCGAGUCUCGCCAGAAGUGCAAGGAUCAAGCCGGCCAUAACCCUUGCAGUUUGGAAUGCUCUUGAGAAAGAAAAUCCUGCUUUUUUCCGAGAGUACAAUAAGAAAACAUUCUCGCAGGCAGCGAGAAUGGCGAGUCGUCAGAGGAGAGCCGCCGCCGAAGAAGAGUGCGCUGGAAAGGUACUCCAUUGUCUGGAGCUGUGGCGAAUCUCCUGA